AUGGAUUUAUCAACGGUAGAAAAGAAAAUAGACUCAAAGGAAUAUAAAGGACUGAAAGAGGUAUAUGUUGUUAACUUGUUAAGGUCACGUUAUUAAUUCCAGGUUUCCAAUCGACCUGUUUAAAAUGUCUCCGACGAUAAACUUUUUUUGAAAAGAAUUCAAAGAUUUUUUUACAAAAAUAUGAUUUGUGUUUAACAUAUUGUCUGUGUCUUGACCAUGUCUGGUGUUGAUGAUAAUUUUAAAAUUGGAUAUAUGUGUCUUGUUAUUACCAAAGUCUGGUGUUUGAUAAGGUUAAAUAACAGAGUAGGGUGGAAAUUUGUUAAAAAGAAUCGUUGCUCGAUAGUCUGGCCAACCCACUCACGCAUACUGCUGCGCUAUGCAUUUUUAAAUUAAAGCGUAUUCCGGAAUAUAAAUUUUUCCACUCCUGUAGUUUUGUUUUUAGUAUCAAACAUUCUUCUGCUUUUAAAAACCUAUUUCUUUUUUAUUGGUUGUUCACGUUUCCAUUAUAGGCUUGCAACAAAUACGCUGUGCGUACCAAUUUUAACUGCUAUCUUAACCAGUCUAAAUUCGCAGAGAAUUUUUUCAUAUCACCACGAGGCAUUAUUAAAGUGUGCGAGCACUGAUCGCAGCCACUUUUUGAAUUUGUGCAGGCAUAUAUGAUAUGCAUUUUGCAGCAACGUUUUGAAGUUAUGAAUUUUGCUUGCAGAACACUAAAAAUAUUAAGGAGCCCUGCAUAUCACCAUGCCGUCGUUCUAUACUUUAUCUGCCGUGAUAACUUAACGCUUUAAAAUUUCCGCUACCAAAUUGAGAACGGAAGUGAAGAUAUCGGAAGUCGAACUUAAGUCUCUAUUAUUUCUGGUGGAUUGAUCAACGUACGACCCAAGUUACAGACCAAGUACCAAGUUUUCAAUGGCAAAUUUAUUUGUUCAUCUGUAUAGGCAACUUAAGCCCCGUUUACACUACGCUCACUUUUUGGUACGGCACGGAUAAAAUUGGUACCCGUACCACUUUUUUGUUUAUAAAUGGGUAGAACUACCUCUAAAUAGGUAGUCCAAGAACCAAAAAAGUGGCACGGGUACCAAUUUUAUCCUUGCCGUACCAAAAAUUGAGCGUAGUGUAAACGGGGCUUUAGCAAACAUGCUAGCUAGCAUUUGAACAUGUGGAAAUUUUGAUCUAGAUAUGCCUGGACAAAACUUUCAUCACAGCUUGAAAGAGCAUCACAAAAUUAGUAAUAUUCCGAAGUUUCGUUGCGAAAUGUUGUACAAUGCGGAUAAUAUAGCCUUGCGAAGUUUGCCGUUUUUCAGUCAUUUUGUAUUACAAAUGGGAAAUUGGUAAUCAGUUUGAUCAUCUGAUUAUCAAUUUCCCGUUUGUAAUACAAAAUGACUGAAAAACGGCAAACUUCGCAGGGCUAUAUUAUCCGCAUUUUACAACAUUUCGCAACAUUUCGGAAUAUUUGUCCAGACUUGUUUGGAUCAAAAUUUCACUCAAAAGGGGAAAGGUCUAUUGACAUACAAAAAAUUGGCAAAGUACUACAUGAGUCACGAUUUAGGAACAGUUACUAUAUUUUUAGACUUUUAGGGUUAGGAUUAGCGUUUGGAUGAGGGAAAGGGUUAGGAUUAAGAUUAGGGUUAGGUUUAGGUUUAGGUUUAGAGUAAGGGUUGGGGUUAGAUUUGGGGUUAGUAUUAGGGUUAAAAUACUAAAGAAUAUAAAAUUACAAAAGUCUAAAAAUAGUAACUAACUGUAGCAUAAAACGGGCAAUAUUAAUAUUUUUUAUUUUGUGCUUUCUACAGUUCAUUUCUGAUGUAAAACUCAUGUUCAAGAACUGCCUGGAGUAUAAUGGAGAGACAAGCAGUAAGACUCUGACAAUGGUUUUGCUCAUUUUUUAAUGUAGCUCAAUAAUGAGGCUUCAAGAUGGCAGAUAUUUUGACUUUAGAGUAAAUUUACUCGAAAACGACAUCGGUGACCCGCAAUUAGUAUAUUCAAUUAUCUUGACAAUUUUAAAAUAAUUCUGUUGAACAAAAAACUUAUUAUGAAUAAUCACAUUUAUGUAAUUUGAAAAAAAUUGGCUUGACAGAAAUGUUUUAAAAUUGUCAAAAUAAUUGAGUAUAUUAAGAUAAUCAUUUUAUGAAAUAAAAUAUGGGCUCGCCGAUGUCGUUUACGAGUUAAAUUAGUUUAAAGCCAAAAUAUCCGCCAUUAUUAAAACGUCAUUGUUGCCAUAGCUACGGCAGUCGCGUAACUCUUGUGAAAAAUUUCAAACUCUUUGGAUGUUUUACAUAAGAGAGCUUAAAAGCUUAAGUAAACGACUUUUCUGUGAUAACACAGAUGUCGCGUGUAAAUAAUUUAGCCGUUAAUUAUGGCAGUUCGUUCUUGAAAUUCAAUGUGGUUUCACGUUCGUGGUUUCAAACAAGAACGGCUGUCGCCAUGUAUAUAUUUUCGAUUGACUACAGUUUAUAGACGUUUGGUUGGCGUUCGUAUAUAAAAUAUAUAAAACGUCGCUUUAUAUAACGUGGUUAAUGUAUAUUUUUGCUCCAUUCAAGGUUAUACUCAGAUGGCUCGAACAUUGGAGAAUGUAUUUGAACGCCAGAUGAAGAAACACUUUCCUGAUGACGACAAUCAAUCCAGUGACGAUGACUUUGAAGAAGAGCUUACUGAAUCUGAGCUCCGUAAACUAAACAAAAAGAAAACAAACGACGGAAUGGAAGAUUUGGUGAAGGCUGCAGACAUUCAUCGCUCGAAUCAAACGAUGUUUGACCCUCGGCUUAAAAAUCCUGCCUUGUUCGCCCAACAUUUUGGCAUGAACCCAAUGGCGAAUGAUGUAUCCCGCAUUAUGCAAGAUCCUAUGGCGUUCCAACGAAUGCCUUACAUGCGGCAGCCGUUUUAUCCUCCUCAGAUGUAUCCUGGUCAUCCGGCUUUUGCAAGGUUUAAUAUGAAUGAUUUUCCACGUGGAGCUGCUCCUAUGUUUUCUCCCAUGAUGGGUUUGCGCCAUCCCGCCAUGCGCAUGAACCCACAAAGUACUGCUCAGUUUCCUAAUCAGAAUGUCCCUCCUGGAAUGGUGCGCAAUGUAGCACCUGUGGCUACCAAGGGUAUGUUGAAGCUGUUUCUAGUUACAUGGGAGGCAAUGGGGCGCAAGUACUUACAAAACAUAACGUCCAUUAACACUUGCUUUCCCUAACUCUGGUGACAAAGAACUAUGUAUUCCACUUUUUAUGUUGGGAGGACGGGGGGAGUAAUACACAAAAUGAAUAGGCAAUUCCAGCUUUUGACUAAAUUUUGAUCUAGGCAAGAAGAACAAAAUCCAUCGCCACAGCUAGAAAGCGCAUGUUAAAAUUAGUAAAAUUGCAAAGUUUGGUUGCGAAAUGUUAUAAAAUGAGGAAAAUAUAGCCCUGUGAAGUUCGCAAAUUUUGUAUAGAUUAUAUUACGCGCGGUAAAAAUAACCACUUUCGGCUCAAAAAUGGUUAUUCCUCACGUUAUUUGUCUUUCUAUAGCUGGAAUUGCCUGUUGAAUCUCUAUUUCGUUUAUGUUUAUGUGACAUGACAGAUCAGUAGUUUAUGCAAACUUGUGCGCAUACAGUGAAGACAAUUAAUUUUUGGUAAAAUCAAGUGAUCACUAAUGGCAUACUUACUCAACCGUAUUGUUGAAAUAUUAGCUAAAGAGCUACUGUUAUUAAGAACGUCAACAUGCCUAACGAAAGUGAAACGAGCGGCUGAUAAUAUCAUAUUCAUGAAAAUGAGCAGAAAUGAACAAUUUAAAUCCCACGGAAGUUUUAAACGUCACCGUCGCUCUGUCUACAACGGCAAAAUACAGAUUAUCACGUCUUGUAUACAACGCUUACAUUUCAAACGUCGACAGCUGCUAUUUUAAAUUGGGUCCUAGAACUUUUCUUGAUCAUAAACCCCUGUGUUAACCUUGAUCCUUAAACUGUAUUAUUUUCACACGAUGGAUGAUAGAAGACAAGUUUUCUUCUGCAAUCAUUUGGUCCAACGAAUUUGUUUAAUGUCACUGUUGCGUUCCUGUUCUACAUGUUUAAGGCCGAGGCACACCGGACGCGAUUCGAUAACGCGGCGCGAUUUUCGAAUCGCUUCCGGUAUGUCUCGGCCUUUAAAGCCGGUUUUCCACUAGCGAAUUUUUUCGCGCGUAGCGACCUUUUUUCUUUUAUCACUUAUUACGUCAGCAAGAAGUGGCAAAAUGGAUGCCGACAAAGGAAAAAGGUCGCUUCGCGCGAAAAAAUUCGCUGGUGGAAAACUGGCUGAAGGUCGCUAUUACUGAGCAGAAUGAAUUUCGAAAGAUAACUCGUCUCAACAUAAAAUUGUAACCCUUUAUAAGGCCUGAUUCCACGACUGCGAAAUUCUUCGCGAGAAAUUAUAUCUGCAACUGGCUGCAGUGAGUAUGGCUGCAUGGUUGCAGUGAGUGGAACCGACUUUUACUCACUGAUGAAGUAAAAGCUUUCGCAUUUCGCCGAAAAGUGCGCUCGUAGAACUAGGUCUUCAUACACGCUUAGAAGUUUACCGAGUUUCCAGAGCAUCACAUCUCAAAUGGAUAUGGUUUCAAGAUCGCCACUUGCACUGGUAACCUACUGUAUGCGUAAUGUGAUCUAUGCUUUGCUUUCCUAGGCGAACCCAGUACUUCAAUGUGGACUAACAAUCGAAUGCAGGACAAUCGAGGCAUGGGCCACCCUUAUCCUCCACAACCUUUGCCAUCAGCUAAUACCCCAUGGCAAAGUACAGGUGGAGUCCUGCCUGAUGGCAGGCAAAUGCUCGCUGGUUGGAGGCCACCCACAGCUAUGGCUAAUGGUGUAACAUCUGCAACUCCGGGAACGUCAUUGGAAGCGGACCAGAUUGACAGCAAUAAUUACAGAACGCACGAAUUGCCCAAUGAGAGAAAAGGUAUUGAAGAUACGGAUAAAGAUAGCAGUAAGAGUGGUGUUGGUGAGCAUAAGGGAACAGGUAUGUAAUAGUAUUGUCAAACUCAUCAUGGCUUCGAUUCCCUGAACACUUGGAAAAAUAGUGAAAUCCAUGCCAUGGAAAUCAUAUUUGCACCACUAAUCUAUAGUAUAUCCAACUUUUCCAUACAAUAAACAUGCCAGUGCAAGCUUCUUUGAAUAAGGGGAAUUUGUUCGCGGCAAUGUAUCGCGGACAAUUUGUUCGCUAACCCACUUGAAAUCUGACUUUCCAUUAUUCCCACAAUCUUUUUGAAUGUUUACGUUGAUUUUGUUGCUGUAUUGGCGUGUGCGUAUGUAUGUUUGCGAGUGAAUGAAUAUGUUUUGAGUUGAAUUACUUCUAUUGUUCUCUUUCGUUGUAUAUCGUAAACAGUCCACUUUCAGCAGUUUGUAUAAGUAAUAGUAUGGUUUCGAGUGUGAUUUGGGAACAACAUGCACAACGUGAGCUUUUGAAAGACAAUCUUGAAGUCUUUGAAAGACUCACGAGUGUAUGUUUAUCCAAAUUGCUCGAGAAACUAUACUAUUACUUAACAUCACAUGCGAAAUAGACAAUUUUAAUAUAAACAAUUUUAUUAGCUUGGUUUUAAUCAAUUAAUUAUUUAAAGUGUGUCGAAAGAGAAAUAUAGACGAUAUGUCUUCGAAAAGCACAAAGGAAUUUUAUUAGAAAAUCUACUAAAAACGUCAGCCAUAUUUUGUCACUCGUAAAUGUUUGGGGUUUUUUAUUGUUUUCACUUUUUGCACUGUAUUUCAUUUUUUGCACUGUAUUUCAUUUUUGCACUGCAUUUCAUUUUUUGCACUGUAUUUCAUUUUUUGCACUGUAUUUCAUUUUUUGCACUGUAUUUCGAAAAAAAUUGCACUGCUCUAGCUAAUCAGGAUUGAGAAAUUUCAUGUAUAUUAUUAACCUUGUUAGGUGAAAAUCAAUUGUAAACUCUCCCUGUUCUACAUGCUUUAUAUACACCGUUAUAUUUCGAACAUUGCACAAUGAGGGAUUUACAAAAAAUACGAAGGGGUUUAAUCAUAUAUUACAGUUUAUUUCAUAAUGAUUCAGACGUUAAAUAAGGUUUCCAAGAUUUAUUUGAUAUUAAUUCAUUGCAGGUCUAAUAAAAACUCCCGGGAAUCCGCCGAGUGAAGACGAUCUCCGUUUUCCAUUUAUCAUGAAGCAAGGUAGACAACAGAAUGAGCCCAAUCCAUAUCCGUCCAUACAAACACAUAAUCCCGCAAUGACCAAAUUACACAAUCCUAGUGUUUUAGAGGGCGUCGGUAGUCCAGUUGGAAUAGAAAGUCAGCGGGUUAAAACUCCACCAGUGACUAUUGAAUCGGGUGAGGGGAAAGUUUUCGUUAACCUGACCUCGAAAGUUAAUCAACCACGCGUCGGAGAAAAACGGAGCAACCCGUAUAGUGUUUCCAGUUUAAUGGCCAACGACGAACAACGUACGAAGCGUUCCGAACACGAACAGUUAAAAUUUUCGGCAUUGUUACAAGAAAUGUCUCAAGGUCGACGACCAGAGCAUUUAGUCAAUCUUCAAACAACCGAUGCAUCCGCGCAGUUCAUGGACUUAAAUAAUACCCGCAAUCAACUUUCGUCUUCAUUAAUUAGACAGUCGCAGACUGAAAGAGGAGCUGGGCUUGGAACCCCAGGAGCGUCCCAAGCUCAAUCAAUGGGUGCUAGUUACCCCAAGCCUGCACAGGGAAUUCAAUCACCGCUAAACUGUCCUACUGGUAUUUCGUCGUUAAUGAACAUGAGAUCCCCGGGGAACAUGUUAAACCAAGAAAGAACUGGGUUUAACCCACGAACUAUGUACCCGGGGUAUCCUUCGCACGGAGAAUUUCAACGUCAGCAAAUGAUGCUAUUACAGCAGCAGCAGCAACAACGACAAAUGAUGCAACGUGAGAAUUAUCAUAUGGCAGGUUCAAUGAUGGCAAAUGGUAUACCAAGAAACAUGCCACCCGAAUAUGCUUAUUAUACACAGAGACCGAUGUUUG